CACCCAUGCCAACUCAGAACCAUGUAUAGCAGACAAAACACACUGCUCAAACACAGGCAUGUACUGUUAAGUGCCAUAGUGGUUUAAGAUACGUAAUAUCUUAUGAUACCUCCGUACACCAUGAAUUUGCCCUGCAGGUGGGAGAUUCUCUUUCUUAGCUUGUGGAUUCAAGUGGGCUUUGUGCCUGGGAUGCAUUGCAACAAUGGUCCGUCAAGGGAAGAGGUUUUCCUCUUAAAGGAUGAAGAGGAUCCUAAGUGUUUCACACGGACAGGAGAGGAUUUCACCUGCUUCUUUGAGACUGCAGACAACAGGACAUAUAAUUUGCUCUACGUUCUUGAGAGCCCGCCGAAAGAGGAUACUUCUGCUAUGUCUGUCGAGAGCCCACAAGAGGGAACUUUCCUCCACUUCUACAGGUUUCCUUCUGCAGAUGUUUUCAAUUUUGUGACAACUCACCUCACGGUCUUGGAGCACAAUACCAACACCACACUCUACAGCCGGUCUGUCAGUGUGGAGGACCAAUAUCUCCUGGAUCCCCCCCACAGCGUGUCUUUACUCCAAAAUGACCAAGCAGGGCAGCUGCUGGUUUCAUGGCAGAAAGAGUACCCAAAAUAUUGUGGAGAUAAAUUCUAUAGGAUUCGAUACUCCUCGAAGGGGCUAGGAGCGAAGACAGAUGAGGCAAAAAAGGAUGAACAAACUAGAGACUUACUAGACUCUCUGGUACCAGGGGAGGAGACUGAAGUCCAGGUCACUGUCAGAUGUGCUUUUGCACCAAGUGGAGGACACUGGAGCAGCUGGUCACGCUCUGCGCGAGCCAUGGUUCCUCAAAAUGCAGAUGAUGUUUCGCUGAUGUGUUACACCUCUGACCAGGUGAACAUCACCUGCCAGUGGAAUGCGAGUAGAUAUGGUGUGGAAAAAGAGUUCAAGCUUUUCUACAAGAUCUCAGGUCUCAGUGGAGAUUGGACCGAGUGCCUUACUGAUGGGAAGUUCACUGACCUGUGUCAUUUCCAUGGAGAUGACUCCAGGAAAAUCAGGGUGAAACUCAGCAGCGCUCCUGCUCCACUCAACAGAACCUUCUAUACUCAAGAGUUCACUCUUAACAAGACCAUCAAAACAUCCCCACCAGGUCAUCUGAAAGGAGCACUGGAGAAAAACAAGUUGUGCUUGAAAUGGGAUGCUCCCUUUCCUUCUCUGUCAGCUCACCUGGAGUAUGAAGUUGGCUAUCAGACCAGAAGGGGUGAAGCAUGGAAGAUGGUUCUGCUAAAGGGACCAGAGACUAGCACAUGUCUAGAUGUUUCAACAGGGAGCCAGUACAGCGUUAAGAUCAGAGCUAAACCUAAUGAGUCCGUUUACUCAGGAUACUGGAGUGACUGGUCAGAUGUGCUCACUGGUUACACCCCCACUGACAAAGGCUUGGUGCUCAUGCUGUGUAUCCCUGUUUCAAUAAUGACAAUUGUCAUCAUCGCCAUUUCCACGAACCACAGUAAGCUCAAGCAGUAUGUUUGGCCACCGGUGCCCAACCUUGACAAAGUCCUACAAGGCUUUCUGACAGAGAUCAACAAGCAGAGAUGGGGUCCUCCACUCACAUCAAAGCAGUGUUUUGAAGACCCCACUACAUCUGUGGUGGAGAUAAUGUCUGAAGAUGAGGUUUCAGAAUUGAGGAAGCCAUCAGAGGAGUCCACGCAGCUCCUUUCACCAGAUGGAACCCUCUCCAGUGGAGAACAGGUAGACGGGAGCCCUGGGACCGACGUCUUUCCAGACUAUGUGACUCUAAACAAAGACAGUGACAUUCUUUGCACAAAAGGAAACAAGCAUAUGUAUGAGAAGGUUGUAGAGAAAGGAGUCCCAGAAGUGGGGGAUGAGCUUCUCCAAACAUGUCAGUGUUCAUCCACUGAUGGCUCAGUCUGCUUAAGCUGUACCUUUCUUAACCAUUCCUAUGUGCCUCUGUCUGACAGAUUUGACUGCUGGGUCACUCCUGCAAGGGGACCAGGCAACCUCUAUACCAAUUUGCCCUGUAGCUAAAUGUACAGUACAAGUGUACUUUGUUUUCAUUGGUCCAGAUUUGACAUAUAUUAUGCACUUUCACACUGACAGAACGCACUGUAAAUUAAUCUGCACAUCUAAGUUUCCUGAAUCAGUAGCUCCAGCUGUGGACACGGCUUAUAUAUUACUUUAUGUUUAAUUGUAUGUAGGAUUUCCUCCAUGUCAGCGCUCAAAGUCUACCCUGCUUUGUCUUUGUGACCACUGGAGGAAACAGUAGCUCCCAAGAUACUUUGUGAGAGCACAUGUAAAUACCCUUCUCAGUGGUGUUGGUUCUCAAGAGGUCUGUGUUGUAUAGUACGUCCAGUUACCAAUAUUUUGUGCAUUUCUGAUGACUGUUCUACGCUUAGAGCAACCUGGAUUAAAAAAAAAACAAAAGAUAAGGUUAAAAUUGAGUUGCAGCUUCCUCUAAAAUUUUACAUCAGUUAAUAUGUAUAUUUUAUUGCU